AUGUCAGCCUUACAGUUCAGAGGGAAUCCAAACUACCGUGGAUCGCGUCCGAAUCCAUCAACUCCCACUGCAGACCGACCGCUGCUAUCUAGAAAGAGUGAUAGCACACCGGAAAAACUCCAAGGUGAAACCAAGACCAAACCUCCACGCAAGUUCGCCUCCUUGCUGGCUUCGAGCAAUAGCGAAGAAACCAAAAGGGACACGUCCGAUGAUGCCUCCGACACUGAGCGACCACACAAGAAGCGCAUAAUGAGUGUUGAUGAAUCCCAAGACCCUACACCAAUUUCAAACCCUUGCCCCUCUGUUCCGAGAUGGUCCAACCCGGAUCCUUACACUGCGAUACCCUUACGAAGCAAACAAACGAAUCAAAGGCUCGAUGUUGUCAAGCUGAUUCACAAACCAAGACUUGGCGAUAAAGCGAAGGCAGCUGAGACAGAUGAACUCAGGGAGAACUUGGAUUUCGUUUCCCUCAGCAUGAUAUCAGAAUCAGAGCAUCAGAGCAACGCUCCCGAGAACGCCUCCGAUAUCGCCCUCAAAGGGCCAACAAGCCAGGAAAAUGUGUACUCUGCCGACCCGAGUCGAAAGCGAACCCGGAGGGGUGCGAUCAAACGCCACGUUAGGAAGACCGGCAAGCCUACAAGCAAGUACAACUGCGACGGUUCAGUUAUCAAGGAGUGGAGACCACCGUCCCAAGAGACGGGUACGCCUUGGUUUGAGUCCACUCCGUCUUCCUUGCACAUAGAAUCUCAGUUAGAUCGCGAGAUUCUCAGCUUUUAUGACUGGGCCAAGCCACAGGAAUUUGGAAACGUUGUCCGUAGAGAUCUCGUCGAGCGAUUGAAGAUUGCAUUUCAAAGUCGAUACGCUGGCACUGAAAUUCAUGCUUUUGGCUCUUCUGCCUCUGGUAUCUACCUGCCUACCGCGGAUAUUGAUCUGGUACUACUGUCCGACAAUUUCAGACGCACAGGAGUGCGUUCAUUUGGUGAGAGGAAAGGAAAAAUAAACGCCAUUUCGGGCUUCCUGGAAAGUACCAAUAUUGCUGUUCCUGAUUCGAUCGAGUGCGUUACCCAUGCUCGGGUCCCGAUCCUGAAGUUCGUGGACCGGCUGACUGGGCUGCGUGUUGAUAUGUCCUUUGACAACAACAGUGGGUUGAUGGCCAACGAGACAUUUCAAACAUGGAAGGAGCAGUUCCCCAUAAUGCCCGUUAUUCUGUCAGUGGUCAAGCAGUUUUUGCUGAUCCGUGGCCUCAACGAAGUCCGGACUGGUGGACUGGGAGGCUUCUCCGUCACUUGCUUGGUCACAAGUCUACUCCAGCAUCUGCCCAAAGGACAUAUGCAGCUCAACCCGGGCAGCAUUCUCAUGGAAUUUUUCAAUUUCUACGGAAACAAGUUUCAAUACAAUCAAGCGGCAAUCUGUUUGGAUCCUCCGGGAUAUUUCAGCAAGAAAUCAUUUGGAACCCCCGAUCGUCUCACUAUUGAAGAUCCUAACAAUACGGACAACGAUAUCUCUGGCGGCACAAGGGCGAUCGACCUGAUUCUUCGCACCUUCACUAGUGCUCAUACCACCCUGAAAAAUCGUAUGGAACACCUCGCACUCGUCCGAGGCCCGAACAAGAGCAUUCUGGGGCCGAUCAUUGCAGCGAACUUCGAAAAAUACACCGAACAGCACAAUCAACUUCGUCGGGUCUUCAUGACAGAAAGCAGAUUCGCUGGGCACAGAGUGCCUCCACCGCCGCCGUCAGAACUUUAUCAUGAUAGCGGAGUGCAUUCCGCUCCCCCGCCGCUGCCCGCCGGGCCGCCGCCUAUAAGCCCUACCCUACCCCCGGUGCAACAACCCAUCAAUAAUGCAAGAUCAAGAUCCAAGGGCACGAGAGCCGAGCCAGAAGAUGUUUCCGAUGAAUAUUCUAGUGAAACGAAGCUAGUCAAACCCCGCAAAGGCCAAAUAGGACGACAAGCGCGUCGGUGGCGUGCCGCAAGAAUGAAAUACCUCAGGCCUGAUCUCAAGAAUCUCCCCAGCUCCAUCACUGUCAAACAGGCUCUUUGGCACGGCGGCUAUGCUACCAACGGGGAAAUGAAACGUGACUUGAGCUCGAGAGAACGGAGACAAGUCGCGGCCUGA